AGGAAAUGCCAGCGUAGGGGGGUGGGUAGUGAGAGAAAUGUCAUUGCCACUUGGCCUCAUACCCAGGCAACAGAGAGAGGAACGGUCAGCACUACAUGUCAGUAGAAAUGGAAGUUGCGUGAAAAAUUUAGGCAGAUAAUUCCCUAGACAGCGAGGGGGAUGGACACUUUGUAUGUGUGAUUCAUUGUGGGCAACAGGGCAAGCAGAUGAGGCAGAAUUAACAAGAGGGGACUUUUAUUUAUCAUGUGUCCAGCCAAGUCAAAGGAUCAGUAACAGGUUGCCUCUUCACAUGCUGCCCAGAGGAACAGAACUGACUGGAUGGGCCAUGCUUGGACUGAGUUCACAGCGUUUCUAGGACCCUUUCUUCCCCUUCCACUCAGCAUCACACCUGUGCCCGCCUCUUGCUAUGGGCAACUACGGCUCUGCUCUUACUGCUGAUAUCGAAGAUUUUAAAGCCAUCGUAUCCCACCCUGGAAGGCCGACCUUCUCAUCAGAUCCCAGGAGACCCGGGCCAGUUCGCAGGUCUCAGUCUGAGAUCCUCCUAUCAUCCUCCCAGUUCCCGUUCUCUGACCCCUUCGCUCCGGUAACCCCCGGCGAUGAGUCAGAGAAACCUGAGCACGAGGAGACGGACGUACCAGACCUGCUGCACCUCAAGUUCCUCAGAGCGGUGGACUCCCCACUCGCUGAUGUCAGCACCAGCCCUCCCUCCACGUCUGCCCCUCCGACACCCUCUCCCACAGUGGGAAACACCAGUGGCAGUGGCAGUGCCAGUGCCAGUGCCACCCCCUCACCGCCCUCCUCGCCCUCGCCCCCCUCCCUGUUCUCUGGGGCGCUCUCAGCCGUGCUGCACCAUCCGGGGGCAACUCUGAAGGUGACCCCCUCAGGCUCCCCUGCCCUGGAUCAGCUGAGGCUUCAGCUCAGAGAGAUGAGAGAUGAGCUGGAGCUGCUCAAGAGUCAGCACAAAAAAGAGGUGAAGCUGUUGAUGAGUGAGCUGGACGAGGAGAAGAAGAUUCGCCUGUCUCUGCAGAUGGAGGUCGAGAAGAUCAAGAAGCAACUGUCUAAAUCUUCAUGACAACCUGACACCAUAUCAGCCAGCCAUAUUGAGUCAGUGAGCCGUGUGACAUUUUCACCAGCUGAUACCAGUGGUGUGAUCAUUUCCUGAGUGAGACUACACAACACAGCCCAGGAGCCAACGCUCUGAGUUCCUUACAUGGCUAAUGGUCAUUCUUGGAGAUGCGUCAGCAGAGCCAAUCACCUGAAACCAACACAGAAGCAAGCAAGGCUACUCUUAAAGACUCAAAGACCCACAAGCCUUUGCGCAUGUACCAUACAAGGAAGUGAUGAAACUGGAAACACUGGCUAAAACCUGAAUGACUGCUAUGCUUUCCAGAAAACUUGGGUGGAGUGCAACCGCAGUUUACAAGGUGAUGUCACUGUAGCUGGAAGGAUGACAUCAGUAGAAGGACACUGCUACUCAAAAAUAUUAAAAGGGCAACUUCUAUGCAACCA